AUGGACCUUCAGCUCCAAAACGCCUCCCUGAAGGUAAAACUUUUUUCGAUUUGUGCUUUUUGACAUACUUGUGCAGUUUAAAGGUCUCCAGUCACUUUCUACCUCCGUUUCUGUGAAAAUGACAGGGUAGUUCUAAAAACACCGGCAUAGUACCGAUGGAUGAUAAGAAGUUCGCGGGUCGAUUUGGCAGGAACUUUUUCUGGGACCCGAAAGGCCUGUAUAGAACACACAAAGCAAUCCUCCGCAUGUUGCUUGAGUUCUGUGCGUCUCUUAAGUCUUAGCAGUCAGAAAGAAGUGUCAAAAAUGAGCUAAAAGCCUCACCGAAACUUGGGUCUUAGUUGGAAAAACUGACUUCGUCACUUUGUAGAAGCAACCGGUAUUUCAAAGUCUUUUUACGAGGCAUUGGUUCUCAUGGACAGUUUUUGCCACGUGUAAUGAAAUGUGCUUUUAUGGAUGCCUGCUCUCCCAAAAUGUGUGCUUUGGAUACCGAGGGGUUUUUUGCAGUCACCGAGAUAUUGUAAGGCAAAAGUGUUUUCGAGAUACUGGGCACUAAAAAGAAAACAUGACUACAAGUUCCCAGCAAGUUCUAUUCUUUAAAAUAAUUGCUUUCGCAGUCUACAAUCUUUUGCCAACGACUUACAGGUUUACAAAUCCUGCCCGAAUGGGAGUUUGCGUCGCUAGACGCGAGAAAUCCAGUAACCUCCGUUUCAUUCUUUCCCUCAUCACAAAACUGCUUACUUUGCAUAGGGCAAUCUACCAACCAAAAAACGUAAUAAUCGAUUGGAGAGCUAUCGAGUAAGUAGGAGGGGGGGUAAAUUCGCCAACUUAAAGACCGGCUUUUCUUCGCUCGACUCUCGCGUUUUCCCUCAAGAAUUACCUUCUUUCGACUAACACCUCCCGUUUGUUCCUGAGGUAACGCAUCCUUUGCGUACUUCAUUUGAGUAGUGUAGACCCCAGCCCUGAUUGUUUGACCAUCGAUGCCCUUCCAGUUGAUGAUACCGGUAACAGUGCGGCAUAUACGUUUAAUAAAGGUCCGUUGGUAAAACGGUAUAUUUGAAGAGCCUGGUUCUGCAACAACUGGUGACAACCAACAAGAGUUUCGCUUGUUUACUUUUUCACCAGAAGUGAACGAACAGUAAAGAAAUUGUUUUAAGGUGCAAAAGUCGUGGAGACCAAGUAGUUAUUUAGCUUUUUGCUCUGUAUGUGGAAUCUAUUUAUUCAAACCCCACGAUUCUCCCAGUUGAUAUAAGUGUAACUUACUUGCCUCGUCACUCACAGCAGACUUUUUAUAUACUCUUCACGCGUUAUUUAUGAUUUUUUAACUGUGUCUUCCUGGUCGAUGUGCACCUUCAAGGCGUUAUCAAUCAAAGGGGGAUUCUCUAAACCAUAACUGUGCAGUUAGUCCUCUGAGCACACUUUCCCUCAAAUGCUAUGCAUAUAUUACAACGUACUUCUACCGAAUCUGACUCCAGUUUAUGCUCGAAGAGUGAACAAUCUCGGGUCACACUCGAUUCAAAUAACAUCUUAAAAAUGGAGGAACUUCAGAAACCACGCCUUGACCAACUGCCCUACGUACACACACAGGCUAAACAAGUCACGGCAGUUUCAACAAGUCAUUAUAUCGAAUUCUGACGAAAAACUGUAUGAACAUUUUGAGCGACCGAUAUUUUCACAGGGCAGCCCGGGGUUGGUGGAAGUUAUGUCAGCCUGCGUAUAAGGAAGACAGGCAACCUGAGCAGUUUCAAGCAAACUUUUAAUGUCAGCAUGUAUAACAGCGCUGUAUUUGAAUCAAGGCAGUAUCUUUAUCAACAGUAAACCCUUCGAGACCGCACAGCUUAGCACCAGCGGAAUGAAAACCGCAAUCAAACAGCUAGGAAGAAUUCCGUUCUGAUUCCCGCAGACAUCUUUGGGACAAGUAUUUUGACAUUCGAGUAUUAUAACAUAAUAUUUAUUUGAUUGUAUAGGGCGGAUUUUGGUAAAGUUACAGCAGGUAACCAGGCUUAUCAAACAUUGACCAGAAUUCCGAAAUACGGUCUCAAUCAGAAAAAAAUUGCCAGAGCGAGGUUGCAAUACUGCUUAGGAUGCAGUGUACCACAGAGAUUUGAUGUAUGCCAAAAUGCCGGUUUUCGAAUGAUCAUCUUUCCAGGAACAUGGAAAAUCCCACACUCUCAAAAAUGACUACCUAGACGAUGUAAUUCAUGAGUUGAUUUUUGGUAUCUGUAUAAAUCUAACCAUAUUGGGCAGGAAACAUAACGGAAACUACCCUUUUUAUACUCACUUUGUAUGAGAUUAUGUCAUCUUUAGAUAUCAUCGCUCGCCUGUAAACAAGAAAAAUGUUAGCAUGCUGAAAUGACCAUUCAGUUAGCAUCAUAUCUGUAAGUUUAUUAAUGUUGUCUUAAAGUAUGCAACAUGAUUUACUGCAAACUAUUAUCGGCAUUAUAUGUCGUCUUCCCGGGGGUGUUGAGAGAUGUAUGAUACUGCUGGAAUAUACAAAAUAGAGCAUUUAAUUUGCAGACCCUGUGUUUUAAUGCGUUCUUACGUUGUACUUGAAAUAAUACAUAAAGGUAGAAUUAAAAUUAGUUGUAAAAUAUAAAGAACGCCUGCCACGACCAUCCAAUUAACAGCUAGCCUCCCCGUGGUAAGUACUCGUGGUCGCCAAUGUGAUUCAUGAAUUUAGCUUGGGUACGUUCUGCUCAUGGACUAUUUCCAUUUUAACUCGGAACGGGAACAGAAUGAGCACUCUUUAAUAAAUAUUAACCAGCAUAACGCACAGCAAAAUAUGACUCUUUUCGUAAAGACAAUUUAAAAUUUCCUCCGAGCUUAUCUUUUACUCCUCGAGUAAAGUCACUGGAGAGGAAUUAACAGGUAUGACCUUACUUCUUAUGCAAAAACUGUUGUCAAAUGCAAUUAACUUCAACGAAAUAAACGUGCGCAUGUUGCAUUUGUAUAUCUACUAUUAAUACGUGAGUAGUGUUCUGAACCUCGGGCUGACAAUAUCGUAUUUGUUGAAAAAAUUGGAUUUGCCAACAAUGUUUUUGAAUGGCCGGCUGACCUGAACGCAGAACGGUAAAAGAGAGGUCCCAAUUUGCAUAGCAGCCUGUAAGUAAGGCCGUUUUUGGUUUUUAGUCGCUUUUUCGCCAUCGUGUCAAAUUUUUAUUUCAAAUUUCACUCCACGCCAGACAUGACAGUUCGUACUCACUUCGGCUCCCUUAAACCUAGUGUGGUUUUUCAAUUACCUUUUUCUAACUUGCCGUCAGAUGGUGCGCGAGUGAUUUAUUCACCAACCCCUAGCUCACUGACCUUAAAGUGCCAAAGAUUGCUACUUGGUGUGUAGUUGACUCAUCUGCAGUUCAGCUACUCCUUACGAAUGAACUCGCUUUAAAUGGUCUGUCAGCCGGCAGUUACCAUUGUGGAGAACUGCAUCUCUGACAUUCGUGUUUGUUAGUACUACUAAUAAUAAUGAUAUCAAAUCUGGGCUAGUCCGCACAAUGGGCACGACUUCGCAGUAACUCACUUUCCACUGCGCCGUAACAAACAACGAGUUCAAAGGUGCACACUUAAAUUUCCCUCAAAUCAGCCGCGCUGAACAUCGGGUGCGUCGUGCGACGUGACAGAAGUGGUUUAAGACAAGUGUUGUAGUUCCAUGCCACUGAAGGCUGAGCUUAACAUAAGUUCUUUAAACGCAACGUGUACUUGGUGGAAAUCUGUUCGGGUUAGUCUAGCACGCCGGAGGGGGGUGUUUCAGGUUUUUCCAAUUUAGAAGACUUCUCUAAAGUUUGUUGUCCAGCUUUUGUCGCUUAAUUGCCUGCCAGCGAUUAGCAUAAGAUUUAUGAGCGCUUGUGGGGAAAAACAUUCACGUAGUCAGUGCAACGAGUUUUCGUCUUCUAUUUUAAAAGUGGCCUUUCGGCUUCAAAUUACCCAAAAGAAGUCACUUUAAAACUAGUGAGGAUAUAACGGUGUGCCCAUAUGUGUGAUACAAGUUCUUGUGCUUUGUACUCGUGAAAAUACUCCCUUGCCUGUUCUGUCGGGUACUAAAGCGUCAAUGAAGCAAGCAGUCCAAAUCCAUGUUAAGGGGUUUCAACUUGGCUUGACAACCUGAUUUGUUGCAGGGAAUAUUAGUACUUUUUUAAAUAAACUGUAACGACAGGCUUUCAUCUGCUGACACGCAGUUUUAUGCUUGCUGUAAUACGAAGAGCUUGAGUUCCCAAAGUGUUUUACAGUUGUCAGGGCCUCUAGAAAGAGUACUUAUGGGAGACGUGGGUAUAAGAGAAGGAGCAGAUACUUGGAAAUUUCUGAAUCUUUCUGUAAACUGAAAUUUAACAAACAAUCUCAUCCGAGAGGAAAAUAUUGAUCUACAUUUUACCCCUAAUAAACGGAAUAGGGUUCGUGAAAGUCACCAACAGUGAAAAGAGAGGCUGGAAUGUUUUGAGAUUUGCCUCGCAAAAGACUGCCGGAGAGGAUUUGAGUCAGACUCUCUCCCGCUUUUGUCUUGUCAAAUCCAGAUCAGAAACCGUUAAGGUUUCAUUUAGGGCGCGUUUGCUGACCUACCCUAGUUUAAAGGUUAAACACGAAGGUAUUGCAUUUUGCCUUGAAAUUCAAGCCCAGAGUCCGAGCAGACGAUUGUAUGGUUUAUUUCAUCCUACAAGCCUACUCGUGUGGGUUCAGUAGUCUGGCCAAGAGCCAGUGUGGAGGAUGAACGGGAAACUCUUAGCCCACACUGUUGACCCAUAAAGAGGUGUCCCUUUCCCAAUCUGGAACCAAGAUGAAUUCCGUCUGCGGCAGUCCAUGUGUAUAUCAGACGCAUUCCCGGAACUGGCUGCGUUGCAGGCGCGCUGAACCAUCACAGGAGCUGGAGUUGCCUAUGACACGCAUGUUUUCGGGUUACGCUGAGUCCGCGCAAGGAUAUAACUAACCCUAUAAAGUCGUAUGGUGCGCUUUGUACCUAUGUAGGCCUUCAUCCCACGCCACCUACUGCAUGCAAUCUCGGGCAGCCGACCGGCACGGAGGAGAAGGAAGGGGGAAUGAGGGUCGAUCCCGGUAAAUCCUUCGUCAUUACAAACCAACUCACUCAUCGACACACUACAUCUGACGCGCUAUCAGUCAGAGCUUGAAGGAUUGUCAAGUAACGGGCUAACUCAGGCCUUCUGAUUAGAACUGACAGUCAGCUGCACCGGUCCCUUAAGAUGCAGUCCUUACGGUAUUUUUGCCUAGUUGACAUCCGAGUCGCCCUUAUCGUCGGGGACGAGACCGCGUGUGGCCACUGGACUCCCGCCUCCCCUCGGUCGUCUUGGCCCCGCCUUGCCAUCAGGGAACAGUAAUUUUUGGGGGUGAGAGGGAGGCAGAUGCAACGUAAGUCUACCUAAGUAUAAACGAAUUUAUGCGCAAACCACAGCUGCUGGGUCCAGCUCGAGUGACAGCGAUGGGCGCCGUCACUCCCGAAGGUCAUACUAUCAGGCAUUAGACGCCAACUCUUUCUCGCCGAAUACUGAACUAGGAGGGGGAGCACAAAUGGUCAGAAAACUCAACUUUACAUUGUUAAUUGUUUUUGUUGACUAACUUCCGAGAAAAAGCUGAAUACAACCAAAAUUUGCUAAAUAGGCCUGAUUCAUUAAGUACAAUUUUGGAAAUGCCCCCUGUGAUAAAUUCUUAUUCUGGAAUAUACACAGGUUGCUCUGCUCUUCAGUAAUAACGGCCACGGCUCGCCAUCACCUAUCCUAGUUUUGUUGCUUUCCCCUCUAAGCUGACAAGUAUCGAGCUCGUGGGACAAGACACUUAUUUUGUGAAAAAAAACCAGAAUGUGUGGUAUUUGUAAGUCAUUCAUGCGUAAAGGGAAUCAAGUAAGAUAGUGAGUUGCAAUGGCUAUACUCCCUCAAAUUGUAUCACAUCGAACGCUGUUCUGAGCGUUUGCUUCAAUCCAAUCAACUCGGCGUUUUAUCAAAACAACGAUGCACGACAGUAUUCACAGUCGAGUGGACAAAGAUUGAAUUACCCCCAGCCAAAAUGCCUCCAAUAAAUUUACCGAAGUUGGCCUGGACUAUCAAGUAUGUAGACUGACCUAUUUUUUGCUAUCAAAAAGGGACAAAAUUCCCCCUCAGUUACUUUUAUGGAGGAAGCAAAGGGGCCUACUAUAGGGCAGUGUAGAUGAAGGGCGCCAAGAGUCGAAAGAAAGUUUGAGUCCUGCAUAUCAACGAAGUCAGGUUUGGCGCGUUUUGUUUUUGUAGUAGGAGCUAUCUAUCCCGUCACCUAGCUCAUUUGCCUGAGCAAUAUUGCUUACUUCAGGGUCAACUGCCACGUAAUUAGGUUAGCAAUGAACAAAGCACCUACCAACUAAGUGGAAACUCGGUACAGCAGUUAGAGCGCAGAUUAGCAGUGUACACUACUCGUGCAAGCGAGCAUCGUUUCGUCGCCCAGCAGUCAUUGAACCGGUUUAAGGGGUCGGUCUGGAUGAAAAGUACAUCAGAUCAGUGAAAAUCUCUUGUACUUACGAGACCUGAACUUCACCCUGCAUGGCGACAUGUAAAAAAAGCAAAAUGAACUCACGCAUGGCUGAAUAGGUCAGACGGAAGCAGUGACUCCGUCCUUGGGAAUGAAGAUGAGGAUCAGCAGGUUCUUGCAUUACACCCGUGAAUUAUUUUCAUCAGUCGACAGUGUUCACUAACACUGGUCUCCUUUUUCUGAGGUGGUCAACCGUCGAUGUAGGCAGGAUGAAAGGUCAGUUCCUCUCAGUAUGGGCUAGUUUUGCUGAUAUUCUACUACCAACCAUACUUGUGUUUAAGCCUAUACAAAUACAUUGUAUUGGUUCUUCGUCUAAAGCGGAAAUGGAAAGUUUAAGUUAUCGCCGGAGUAGAAAGCUCCAUUCCUUCCCCACUUCAAACAGACGAAUUUUCGGCGAUUUGUGUGGCGAUAACCGGUCUUUGCUAAAGUGGUGAAAACGGCCCUUAGGCAGUAUCAUUCUCAUGGGUAGUUCGAUUUAAACGACCCAGACGGAAUACCCUGUUUGAGUUAACAUCUGUACCAGACUAUAUUUCUUGCCCGGGUUGCUAGACACAACAACACCGCUAGUCCCACGGCAACCUGCUAAGCAAUUUCAUAUGGCCCUGCCCUUUGAUUGGUAAUUUCCUUGAAGACCGCGCUAGUCCGCUGUUCUCCGAAAUCGCUACUACUGUAUUGGACUUUUUCCCCUUUAACUAAACUGCCUUGUACACAUCACGUUCUCCAGUUACUGGGUGUGGCUCAUAAAUCACAUCAAAAAGACCAUCUUUCCACCUAUAUCAUCCCCGACUACUUAUAUGAUUGCCCAAAAUCAUUGUCUUGCUGACUUAUGACAAAAAUCCUGUUUGCUGUUUACCCAACAAACACGCUUUUCUUCUGAUCAGUCUCCGAUAGCCUUUGGUGUGCAGGCCAAAUACGCUUAUUCUUCCCUCUCCCUCUCUUUCACCUCAGAAUUUGCCUGUAUCGUUUCUAAGGUCUCCUCUAUCUGAGGCAUUAACUGUAACAUAUCUUGGCUCCUCAGCAAAUCCACGCUUCAGGCAGAAAGGUUGCCUACUUCUCAAGUGAACUCUGGAGCAGUGCCAGUCCAUUCUUGAGUGACUAACUGGCUUAGGGUUUCUUUUAACAGGAUAAGAACCUAGUUUGACCUGCUUGAGUCGUUCUUUACGUCUUAACAGUCAGUCAUAGUUGUACAUUUGGUAGACUUUCAGGUCAGACAGCAAAAAGGUUUUACUUUUAAAUGACGUUCAACUCUUCAGUAGAGAAUGUUACCAUCUCCAUAUUUUGCGUCUUCUAAAUUCUUUAGCCCCUACACUAACCUUUACUUAUGUCGUUUCAUGAUCGAAGAGAAAGCAUUGUUCGGCCAUCUCAAGUGUCACCUAUUGGCUUUUCAUCUGCGCAAAAGCCCGACACAUUUAAGCAGUCAAGAACGUGCCACUAAUCAACGCUAAAGUAUUUGGUUAGUCGUUGUAAAGUCAGACCAUGUGGUCACACUGCCUGCUCGUCUCCUGCUUAAUUACCUAGGUGGGAACAGCUGUCUGUGUUUCUUAUUUGAGGUUCAUCUGUUUAAUCAAGAGUGUAUGUUUAAGAAUUUUUAUUUGCCAUAGAAAACAAAAUGGGGAAGAUUGGGGGGCCAAUCAAAGACAAAUCGUAUGCAUUCAUUCCUAGCUCUGGAGACACUGAAAUAGUCCCCUACUUAAGCCAGAAAUGUACCCGUCCCACCUAUAUAACGUGUACGCGUAGAUUUUGCUGUUUAGAAAUUGUUAUCGACAAACAUUAGGAAAAUCAUGAUGGCCGUCAGUCAACUAUGUCUCGAAAUCUAAGUCAUAUUAGCAGCCUUUGUUCGUGUCAGUAACAGUUCUCAGUUGUUGUUAGUUGCCGUUAUUCUGUCGCUUAUGGCUGCCCUAGAGCCGGAGCUCCGGGGAAAACCGGAAAUGUCUAAGUCAAACUGGACUGCCGCUGUUGUUCUGAUAUUGAUUUCCUUCAAUCGGCAUCUGUGACGUCCCAAUUAAUCGUCACAUGGAAGGAAAGCGUAGGCUGUUCCGGUAUUCUAUACCGGAAAUUGCAUGUUUCUUGAUAAAUUUGAAUGGUCCCGUUCUCAGCCGAUAAACUGUCAAUAAUGAUCUAGUGAAACCGAGCUCUAAACAAGAAAUGAAUUCCAUUUAGUAGUAUCGAAACCAAUCGCUCCAGCAAUUAAUCAAUAAUGAAUCCAUAAAUGGUCGAUAGCGAGUUCCACUAUUCGGUUUAAGAGAGGGGCCAAUUCAUUCUACCUAGGCCCGUUAUUUAGAACAGGGCCUGCUUUUCACUAACGGGAGCACAUACGAAAACACCGCCAAAGAUAUUUGUAAUAUUUUGAGUUCUAAAUCACCGACAGGAAGCUUACCCCAACUCCCAGUAUUGGACGUUUUUGUUUCUUUUACGAUAUGGCUCUAUUUCUACAAUGGCGAGGCGUGAGAAGGGUUUAAACAUGGAUAGCCUUCUUUUCAAAAUACAAACCGCUUUGCCUCCCGGAAAUUCUGGGCGUGAAAUCGCCGAAACAUAUUGGUUUUUCUAAGUUCCACGAAUAUUCCCAUGUUUCUAUUGCAAAGUCAAUUUGGCAAACCCGUGUUUUCGGUAACUCUUCAUCAGGCCAAAACGGUUACAUAGAAGUUUAAGUUAUGCGAAGUUACAUGGCUUAUAAGUGAUUCAGGGACAAUUAACAUCCAUCGUUCCCACGCCACUCGUGCUAUGACGUGGUUUUUCACAGCAAACGUUUCUUACCACACCAUCCCUGAAUGUGGAAAGUCACCCAGUACGAUCUGGAUCCCCAGAUUCGGUUCCUCAAAGGUUAUGCUCCAGUAUCAAACUAUGAUCGGUUACAAGAAUAAGUUGCUCUUCUUUCAGCUUAUGUACUUCAACAUCCGGGGUCGCGGGGAACUCAUUCGUUCCAUACUCUACGCCGCCGGAAAACAGUUUACCGACCAAAGGAUUGACCUCAGGGACUGGCUUGCCCUUAAACCGAAGAUGCCCUUUGGACAGGUGCCCGUUCUUGAGGUGACGCCGCCAUCAGGAAAUACAAUCCUUCUUACAGAAAGCCUUGCAAUUGCUCGUCUCUUGGCAAGGGCCUUCAAAAUGUACGGCAGUAGCCCAAUGGACAUCUACUACAUUGAGCGAAUUCUGAGUGUGGUGAGUACCCAGUGGCAGAACGAACGGAGUAUUUUCUUGCAUGAGAUCUAACACUUCAACUUUUGUUCGGAAAAUGAAGAGCUAGAGAGCGAUUUAAAAUUGGCAGGGACGGUCGGCCGAACGCGUAAAUUGUCUACCCAUCUAUGCUACAAACGGAAAGUGUGGUUGCACAAAGCUGUGCCAAAAGAAUUUGGCGCCAUAUGUCAGCCUGUCAAGUCAGCCGUGAGUAACUCGAAGUCUAAACAGUCAAACUUUAAACGUCUUCAAGUGCCAUCAUUGUCAAAAAUUCUGUAUGCUCGAAGUUAGGCAUUCGCAGAGAGAGUUCCCACGUCUUUGCUUCUGAGAAUUUUCUGGAGAGUUAAGUGCAGCAAAUUAGCGUAAGAUGUGGCAGAUCGGUGCCUUCUCAGGUUGUCCAGGAAAAAGACCUUAAAUUUUAGAGAUCCUUAAAUGCAAACCGUGGAUGAAAUGUGGAAGAGCACAGCAGAUGUUGGCGCACGAACCAUGGGUUUGUAUUCCGGAAUUAAACCCGGUUGUUUUAAUUUCCUCGCAUUCCGCAUGCGAAAUUGCCGACCUCAAGGUUCCCCGCCUAAUUUCCAUCCCUUUCUGGCGGAUUGUUGUGUGGGGCAGAAAUCAUUUACGGACAGCCCUACAGCUUUCUAGCCUACCGAUAUUGUCAUGAACAAAGAGCCAGUUAAGGCUUCUGCCAAUCCAGACUUCAAACUCAAAUACCCCGUUGGGUAGGUGGUGAUAUGUUGCGAAACAGUAGUCCUUUUCGAGAGGCUAAGGGACUUGGAGUUCUAAAUAGCAGGAUUUGUACGAAGCCCUCCCUGGCGACAAAACAGCGUUCGUUCGAAGUGUCGGGGUUUAGUUCAUGGUUAUCAGCAACUGGGAGUUUAUCCACUUCACCCGGUAACUUGUGCUCGAUUGUUUGACUUGGGUGAGGGACGUAAAACCACGAGUCAUGGAAAUAUGGAGAGCACUUCCAGACGCUGGAACGUGACAUUCGUCUCAGGCGCGAGGUAGUUGAAAACACCAUGAGCCAAUAGGGUUGUUGGUCUUAAUUUUGCCUAUUUCUCGCAAAAAAAUGAAACCGGUGGUUUUCAUCGCAAAGCAUCGGCCAAAGUGGUCAAGCUGCCACAAAUAAAGUCCUGCUAGGGAAGACUGGUAAAUCCUGACUUGGAAUCAAAACCACUUUACCAACACCUGAGGACCGGGUAAUUCAUUAGAGGGAAAAAUCAUUAAAAUAGGUCUGCCAAUUUAAAUGGAUUUAGUGGGAAAACAAUAAACAUUUCGUACAUUCGAAGACAUAGAGUGGUUAAGUCUAACUCUGCUUUAGAUCUUUCCAUGACUCUUAUCACCCCUUAGAUAGUCUACCCAUGCGCAACCAUCUUUUCUCAUUGCAGAAUGCUGUAGUGGCCAAUGAUGUAUAUUCCCUGAUGCUCAAAAAAGCCUCUGAUGUUCAUCUUCACCUCAAAGAUGCCUACAUAACGGAGAAGUUGGAUGUGAGUUUUCUUGCAAUGUUGCCUUUGAGAAACCAAGAGAAUCCAGUUGCAGUCUAGGUUUCCAGCUAGUGCAUCGACAACAUACUAUGGGAAGUGAAACUUUCAAACGAAAGCUAUACUACUGCUUCCAGGCAACGUGUCCCAGUAGGGGUCAUUUAAUUAGACUUUUAAGAAGAGACGGGCAUGAAUGCCUUCACGUAGGGAGGCAAAAUGACGUUAUGACUGCAUUACUCAAACCCCCAGGAGGAAUCUGUGACCCGAAAAUACACUGAUACGUCUUCGAUAAUGCAGACAUCUGAUGGCUUGAAGCCCUUUGUGCGGUGUGUUAGGUACCCAAACCAGACAUUUAUUUUGGGGCCUUUAAGUCAUCUCUUAAAUGGGAUUACCAUUCGCUAGAUUUCAUAUUCGCGUCCUCGAAAAUUUAGGCGCUUGCGUCUACUUAUCUGUUGAAAGUAGCUCUUAUAGGGAGAGAUAAAGAAAUAUCAGUAGGCUGAGGCUGUCACCAUCGCCUCUAGUCGACACUCCUGUGGAUGCGGUCUCAGAAUUUGUGGGCUAUAAAAAGAAAAACCCAAAUAAUCAAAGGGAUCGAACUGACUGCUUUCGAAAAGUUACGCCGAGGUUGGUCUCAGACAUCUUCAUGGUCAGUGAGCCUUAGGAAUCUAUGCUUCCAAGCUUUCCAACCCAAUUUUGAAGCAACCACCUUUCGAUUCCUCUAAUUUUGACUUUUCGUCAAAAAGUCGAUUCUAGAGUUCAUGAAGGAGAUGAACGGACCGUUUAUUGGAGGCAACAGUGUGACCAUUGCGGACUUGGAUCUCCUAAUCCUGCAGGACCUAGUGGACAGGGCUUACCCGAAUCUUAAACACGAUGUGAAGGAGCGCUUGACGACACUGAGAAACAACGUCUUCAGGGAGAAGCCUGGCUUGGAACGUUACUACAGAUCGCGACCUCAAACGGACUUCUAG